AAGGAGGAUCUUUAUAUUCUUAUUUUCUACUUCUUUUAUUGCUAUACUUAUUAUAAACGUUUAUAUAUGGCUCGGAAGUAUCCACGUUUAUUUAAAUUCAUUUCUGGGUUACAAUAUUUGUUGGUAUCCUUGAGAAAAAAAAUUGGCAUUAUGGAGGAUGUGUUCUUCAUAAAAUUCACAUACACUCACCUCUGUGGAAUCUAUGACCAACGUGGUAAUAAAUAAAAGAAGAAAGUUCACCUCUUAAACAUGGUUCGUCAAUAUAAAGGUAUAAUAAAGCCACUUGGAAAUCUUCAAGGCCCUUCCACUUGUGAAAUUUUAGAUCCUAUUAUUUCCAUUAACACUUGGGACGAUGCAUCCUUUUUGGUAGAGGCUGAUAAAAUCAAAUUCAAACCCUUAACUAUAUCUGUUAGAAAACAAAUAUGUUACAGAUUUCUGAAAUUUUUCUCGACAGGGGAUACGCAAGGACUUCAAGCGGGGGUUAUUUUGAGAGCCGCGAUGUUUUUGGCCAGAGAUAAAACUGGAACUUAUAUUUUUCAAAAUCAUUUUUCUAGCGAGGGGUCUAUCCUUGUGCCGCUGAUUGAAAAUUUUAAUCCAACCUGUCUUGAUCUUACAUUAACAGAUGUUCGAAAUAGCAAUUUUUUACCUUACGUUAGUUUCGGAUUUUUAGAAGAGAAGGGUGAAGAAAAAUUAAAUUUUUUGGAAAGAAUUGUAGGAUUUAUGGCUUUGAUUUUGAUAAGGAUUACUGUCAAAACUGUAGACUCGAUUUCAAAACGGUUUUCAGAUCUUGAAAGAUUAUAUAAAUCAUUGUAUAUGAAACUUGUUAUAUUUCCCAAUCCUCACAAAACAUGUUUAUCUGAAUUAAAGAACACAUUUUAUAGAGGGCAUCCAUUAUGUAGGAACGUAUUUAGCAUACUAACAGCCGUAUAUGUUCAUUGCAAACGAUCCCAUCCUCCUAAUAAGCCAAUCGUUGAUAUCUUGGACGCGACUUGCAUGUUUCACAGUAGGGAAAACGGAAUGAGGAUGAUCACUUUAGCACUCGCAGUUAUAAAGGCUAAGGAGGAGGAAGUAGAAGGUUGGAGUAAAAACAAACUUUUUUCUUAUUUUACAUCCGAUGAUACUAUCGAUAGUUACAUGAGAUUUGACCGUUUUUAUCGCGCUCAUAUGAAUGUAGAAAAUAUUCAAUUUGGAUGGAAAUGGGCGAGAUUCAUAGACGUGGCCUAUUUUCACGAUUUCAAGGUGUCGAAAAAUGCUGAGUUUUGUUUGAAGUGCGCUGGUUUUCUCGGAAUCGGUGUUAUGUUUAAAAUGGUGUCGCUUAAUUCUCUUCCCGAAAUCAAAAAAAAUAAAGCCUUGUUAUGGGCUCAAAAAUUUAACGAAGCCGAAGUGAAAUGCGAAAUUUCUAAGACGAAUGCGUUUUAUGCAAAAUUAGACUAUGCAAAGGUUGAAGGUGAGCGAGAUGAGCAAGAUUAAUAUUAUCUAUUUUUUAUAUUUUCGUAAAUGUAUAAUGACGAUUAUUAUGUCAAUGUAGUAAGGCGGCGUGUAAAAAGAAGUUAAACAUUUGUAUGCAUUAAUUAUAACUAUUGCAAUGAUUCUAUAUUAGACCUAGUAAUACUAAUCUCUUGGUAUUUAUCAUCCAGUUUAAAUUUUUUAUAUAUAAUAUAAAUAUUAUAACAUA